CGAGGUAUCUCGAUGCUGCGCUGUUCCCUGGCGCGAUGCGGCGUUGUUUUGACGAGUGACAGUCGCUUGGAUUGUUGUGACAGUUGACCGAUGUGGCCGUGUGAAGUCGGCGAUUAGUCUGCGAAACUGUGUUGUUUGUUGAUGGUGCUGAAUGAUAUUAUAGUCGUGGAGAACAAUGUGUGGCAACCUGCUGUUGAAGAUUAUUAGAUAUUAUUAUUGCAUCAAUAUGCAAUAUAUUGUGUGCGAAUAAGUUGUGACAGCAGUGUGCAAGAUUCUGUUUUCUCAAUUAUGAUAUUAAUUUCUUGAUAUUAAAUACGAACAUCGUACUGUCCAAAGUGUAUGUGAAUGCAUUGCUGGGUUGACACGCCAUAUUUUGUGUAAAUAUUAUCGAGACAAUCGAAACAUUUUAUAAUACUCAAGAAACCAUGUGGGAUUGUUUAUACGUUUACCGUACUGUUUCUUAGUACAUACUAUCGAAGUUCCGAACUAGUGGAAGUGGUUGCCUCUAUUGAAGAUCUUCCAGUAGUUACGGGGAUACCCAUGUGGCCUGUGGUGACAGAAGACACGGUGGAAGACCGUGGUUCGAUUACCGGCAAAGGGUUUGAAGGAAUGUUCCUUCGAUGGAAGGUUCUUGACCCGGAGUUUCUUGUGAAGAAUAAUUUAUUAGAGCAUUUAUCACCUAAUAUUUUCGUCCAUCAUCAAAUCUUGAACAAUUUCGUGACUUGGUACCCUAUACAAUCUUGGGUGUUAUGGGAUGCGUAUGGAAAUAUCCGCUCGAGCUGCACCUCUGCUGCGUUUACGCUGCGAAUCUCUCGGCGCACGGGCGCGGCGACCUCGGGAAGGCGCCACCGGCCCCGCAGGCCUCGGCGCCGCGACGCCGAGCCGCCGCCGCCGUCUUCGGUGACUCACGCGGCGCGCGCUUGCACGCAGGGCGUCGGCGGCAGGUGGACACGCCUCGCUUGCGCCACCGGCGCGCGCCUUAAUGCGAAUAUGGAAGUGAAAGCUCUUGCUUGCGCAACGGACAGUUUUUUGGCGGUGCCCUGGGAGCUGUCUCAGGGCAAUCGUGACUGGUUUCGAAGAUUUCCUCCCACGGUUCGUCAUAAUGACUGCCGCUCCUGA